GUUUUGGCCAGGUAUAAAAGUAAGCUUUAAUCCAGGCAAAGUGUGAGUUCGCCAGCUGGAAGCCAUUCUGACCUACCAAAAACCCGACCACCAUGAUGGGCAAGAUCAUAUUCUACGAGGAAAGGAACUUCCAAGGACGUUCCUAUGAGUGCAGCAGUGACUGCUCCGACAUGUCCUCCUACCUGAGCCGCUGCAACUCGUGCAGGGUGGAGAGAGGCUGCUUCAUGGUGUAUGACCGCCCCAACUACACAGGCAACCAGUAUUUCAUCAGGAGGGGCGACUACAACGACUACAUGCGUAACUGGGGAAUGAGCGAUUCCAUCAGAUCUUGCCGCAUGAUCCCACUGUACAGAGGAGCCUACAGAAUCAGGAUCUACGAACGUGAGAACUUCAUUGGCCAGAUGAUGGAGAUGUCUGAUGACUGUGAGUCCAUCAUGGACCGUUACAACUGGUCCAACGGCUGCAUGUCCUGCCACGUGAUGGAUGGCCACUGGCUGAUGUAUGAGGAGCCCCACUUCAGAGGCAGGAUGUGGUACUUCAGGCCUGGGGAGUACAGGAGCUUCAGGGAGCUGGCCAUGCCUGGCAUGAGGUUCAUGAGCAUGAGGCGUAUCCUGGACUCCUGGCAUUAAAUCACCCAUCACCCAGCUAAUUGUUAAAUAAAAAAUGUCUAACCAAGAAUCAA